AUAACGUUUACUGUGUUCAACAACUUUGAUAUUCUCGUAUGUGUAUUUUUUGACAUGUCACAAUGCAUGUUUGUAACACGCGUGAUAACCGUGGAUAUUUGUGAUCUACCUAAUGAUCCACACAUUUGAUCAAAUUCGUUAUUAUUAUUAGCAAUUUAACUGCUUAAUAUCGUUAGAGGAGAUUGCAGAACUGCAAGGACAGUUUGGUUCUCUUAUUGGCCAGUUUUGUCCACGUGAUUAAGCAAAGAAGGAAAUAUCAACAUGUAUCAACAUGAUGCUACUGGGAGAAUGGCGAACAAUCUUACAGUGGAAAAAUGUUUGCUAAAAUGUUUGAAAACAUACUGAAUUAAAAAGAGUGCGUGCCUAUAAGCAUCAGAACAAGUUAUCAAGUGUAGCAGAGAUUUCAAGUAUUUUGAUUCAUGCCAAAAUCAGUUGACCGAUCUGAUGGAAAAUGGCAAUUGGGCUCACACUGCUAUUGCUGUCUGGUUCCCUGCUCUCUGGGAUGUUGUAUUAUGUCUCUUACCAACAUAGAGACUUGAGGAGGCCAAAUUUUAUUAUUAUCCUGGCUGAUGACAUUGGCUGGGGUGACCUUGGAACGAAUGUGGCAGGGAAGAGUCAUACGCCCCACCUGGACCUGAUGGCUCUGGAGGGAAUGAGGUUCACAGAUUUCCACUCGCCCGCCUCCACCUGCUCACCCUCCCGCGCUGCUAUCCUGACGGGGCGGCACGGUCUGCGCAAUGGGGUAACGCACAACUUUGCAGUGGGGUCUGUUGGAGGACUGCCUCUCAAUGAAACUACCAUUGCCCAAGUGCUGAAAGCGACAGGUUAUUACACCGCUAUGAUUGGAAAAUGGCAUCUUGGGCACAAUGGCCCAUUUCACCCAAGCCACAGAGGCUUUGAUUACUACCUUGGAAUUCCCUACAGCAAUGAUAUGGGCUGUACAGACUCACCUGGCUUUGACCUUCCUAGCUGUCCUCCAUGUGAGCAGGAUAUGCUGGUGCUCAGACAGACACAUGGUGGCUGUUACUCCAAGGUGGCAUUGCCCUUAUUUGAGAACCUGAGCAUUGUAGAACAGCCCUUGAGCCUCUGGACCCUGGCUGAGCGGUACAAGCAGACAGCCAUUAACAUCAUCCGCAGCUCAAGGGAAAGAGGCCAGCCCUUCCUGCUGUACGUGGCCCUGUCUCACAUGCAUGUGCCACUGUCUCCUGACCUGCCCCCUGAAGGAGGAGACCCCGGACUCGUAUAUGCUGCCAGUCUGAGGGAAAUGGACAGCCUGGUGGGGGCCAUAAAGAAUGCAUCAGAUGACAACGACAAGGAAAAUACAUUAAUAUGGUUCACAGGUGAUAAUGGUCCAUGGACCCAGAAAUGUGAGUUUUCUGGAAACGUGGGUCCUUUUUUGGGAAGGUGGCAGACAGACAGAGGUGGGGGGUCUGCUAAGAAGACUACAUGGGAAGGGGGUCACCGUGUGCCAACAGUGGCCUACUGGCCAGGGAAGAUUCCAGAAAACACCACCAGCAGAGCCCUUCUUAGUGGGCUGGACAUCUUCCCCACUGUCCUUUCCCUUGGAGCUGCAGAGGCCCCAUCACACAGACACUAUGAUGGGAUGGAUAUAACAGAUGUUCUGCUCCAUGGCUCAGAGACUGGACAUAAGAGUCUAUGCCAUCCCAACAGCGGUGCAGCAGGGCAGUUUGGGGAUCUGCAGACAGUCAGGCUGGGGCAGUACAAAGCCUUCUACAUCACAGGUGCUGCAGAAGCCUGUGGUGGGGGGACGGGGAAACAGGAGGUUCACAACCCCCCUCUGAUUUUUGACCUGUCUGAUGAUGAAGAGGAGAGCACCCCCUUGGACAGCGGCAGUGAGGAGUACACGGCUGUCCUGGAGCACGUGCAGUGGGAGAGAGACGCGCUUCUCCUGGACAUCGCUACAGAUCACGUGUCUCGGGCUGACUACACCGUGGACCCGUCCGUCGCCCCGUGCUGUGACCCAAGCCAUGUGGCCUGCCGCUGUAAGGCUGGGGGCUGAGGUCCGACUGCUGCUAUGGGUCUCCCAGACUAGGCUAGCUCUGUAUGAUGCUGCCAUUUCUUGUUUGUCUGGGCUGGACUUCAGUGGUUCCCUCUUGGUUUCUUUUAGCCACAGAGAAGUGGGUGCACAUGCACAGAGGUAUACUGUAGGUUGUAAACAAGUAGAAAAUGGCCUUGAACGAUCGAUCAUGCUGGAAAUACUGUUUGAUUUAGCUGUCAACCUUACACUGAGUUUUCAGUGGAACACAAGUUUGUUUACAUUUACUCACAAAUGAAAGAUAGCCAAACUUCUGCUUUGUUCAUCCCAAAAGUUCUGCACUGCCUUCUUUCCAUUGCCAAGUAACAAAGUGAAUGAGUGUCGCCGCACUUGUAAAAUAAUAUCCAAGGUAAUAGUUAUAUUUCACACCACUGUAGUGUAUUAAUUGACUGGGUGGGUGGCAGAACCGCAGUAGCUGGUGAGUAACAGCAGGGCCGUACACAGUCAGGCGUGCAGCAUAUGACAUACUUGUCACGAAAACAAGUGUGGCACCGAAUGAAUCAUUAACAGUCUCUACAUACUACACGUUUGUUAAAGUGUGGUGUACAGACCACCCAUAAUGGCUAUCGGUUACCACUAAACCAUCCAUCAUUGACCACAAGGCUGCACUGAGGUGGAAAGUCCAGGGGUCGGAAAAUUGGAAAGUGCUCCUUCCACCCAGGAACUCAGCCAGCUGAUUUCACUAAUUAGUUCUGCCUCAUGGCUGAAGAAUUGUGCUAAUAAGCAAAUCCAGGUGAUUCAAACAAGUACUUUUCUUUGCCACUGCAAAAUACAAACUCAGAUUUUCUGAAGUAUAAAUUAAACUUCAUAGUUGGACAAAAUGAAAGAAAUACUCCUUGUUAUUUAUAGAAGUACAUUUCAUACAGCAGUCAGAUCAAAUCUGUAUACUAGUCUAGGGUCAGAGGUAGGCCUGUUGGAUAACCUACAGCUGCUGUAGCUUACAAGGUACAGCUACUCUGGGGGGCACAGGGAACCAUUUCACAUGAUAUGAUGGAUUUACUGAACUUAGUUUGCUCAUCCUUUACUGAAUAAAUGAGGCAAAAAUUAAUUUUUAACGACACAACACAGGGCACUGGGCUAUUGUGUCAUUGUGUCUUCAUUUAGGCCCUGGACAUUCUGCAAUUUAUGAAUGUGAAUGCUGCUAUGAAGUGAGUGUGGACAGGAACUGCAGAUUAUGACUGCUUUGGUCUGUUGUGAAUCUACUCCAGUUUCUACAGCAUUAAAUUCUAAACCCUGCCUUAAAUGUAA